UUCGAACUUGCCACCCGUCCACCAGAGAUGCCAUCAGGGUUCCAGCCGAUCAGCGGAGAGGAGGAUGGCUUGGAAGACACCAGGAGUAGGAUCACCCCUACCUUGACCUUGUCGGUGUUCACAGCAGUCUUGGGAUCCUUGCAGUUUGGAUACAACAUCGGCGUCAUCAAUGCACCUCAAAAGAUCAUUGAAGAAAGCUACAAUGCCACCUGGAUGGAGCGCCAGGGCAAAGAGGAGCCGGUGCCCAUUGACUCCAAUACCCUCACCACGCUCUGGUCCUUGUCCGUCGCCAUCUUCUCCAUUGGGGGCAUGAUCUCCUCUUUCAUGGUGGGCAUCGUCUCAGAAUGGCUGGGCAGGAAGAGGGCCAUGAUUGUGAAUAACGCCCUGGCCUUUGUUGGGGGUGCCCUGAUGGGCCUGGCGCAGGUGGGGAAGUCCUACGAGAUGAUGAUUCUGGGGCGCUUCUUCAUCGGGGUCUUCUCAGGUUUCGCCUCAGGCCUUGUCCCCAUGUAUGUGGGAGAAAUCUCCCCCACCAACCUGCGGGGGGCGCUGGGAACGUUGCAUCAAUUGGCCAUCGUCACAGGAAUCCUCAUUGCCCAGGUGUUUGGCCUGGAUACCAUCUUGGGCACGAAGACUUUGUGGCCCCUCCUGAUGGGGCUGACGGUGGUCCCCUCCGUGCUGCAGCUGCUCCUCUUCCCCUUCUGCCCCGAGAGCCCCCGGUACCUCUACAUCAUCCGCAACAAGGAGUCCAAGGCCAAAGAAAGUCUCAAGCGGUUGACGGGCUGCAAAGAGGUGAGCGCCGAGCUGAACGAGAUGAAGGAGGAGAAGCGGCGCAUGGACAUGGAGCGCAAGGUCUCCAUCUUGGAGCUCUUCCGCUCCCGCAUGUACCGCCAGCCCCUGCUGAUUGCCAUUAUCCUGCAGCUCUCGCAGCAGCUGUCCGGCAUCAACGCUAUAUUCUAUUACUCAACCGACAUCUUCUCAAAGGCGAAGGUGACCAACGCGGCCUACGCCACCAUCGGAGCCGGGGUGAUCAACACCGCUUUCACUGUCAUUUCGCUGUUCUUGGUGGAGCGGGCUGGGAGACGCACCCUUCACAUGCUGGGCUUGGGUGGGAUGUGUGUCUGCGCUUUCCUGAUGACGGCGGCCUUGGCCUUGCAGGAGAAAGUGGAGUCCAUCAGCUAUCUCAGCAUGGUGUCCGUCUUUGGCUUUGUGGCCUUCUUUGAGAUCGGGCCAGGGCCCAUCCCGUGGUUCAUCGUGGCCGAGCUCUUCAGCCAGGGGCCCCGCCCGGCCGCCAUGGCCGUGGCCGGAUUCGCCAAUUGGACUUGCAACUUCAUCAUCGGCAUGAGCUUCCCCUCCAUUGCGGACAAGUGCGGCCCCUACGUCUUCCUCAUCUUUGCAGUCCUCCUCCUGAUAUUCUUGGGCUUCACCUACCUCAAGGUGCCUGAGACGCGUGGGCGAACCUUCGAUCAGAUCGCCGCCACAUUCCGACGCACCCCGUCCUUGCUGGACCGUGAGAUCAAGCCGUACACAGAGUUGGAUGAACUAAGCCCCGAGAUCCACGAAUGAGUCACCGGAGUGGGGGAAGCCGCCUGCCGAAAGACGCAGG